GCCUGCUUGUGCGCAAUAUCAGCUUCCUCGCUGCUUGUCCAUAAAGGUGCCCGUCCCAAGCAAGCUCUCAGUCACCACCACCACCACCACCAUCGCAAGCUCCCCUCCCGUUCCGUCCAUCCAACCGUCUUUCCCCCUCUCGGAUGCCCAGACAUACCACUACUCUUCCUCCUGCUCCUCUUCCUCCUCCUCCUACUACUACUAUUGUUUCCACCCAUCUCGCCAGCCCGACUGUCAUGCCCACCCAUCAUCAUCAUCAUCAUCAUCACCAUCCCGCCCAUCACUGUCCACCACCACCAUCAUCACCCUCCUCCUCCUCCGUCCUGAUCCCCCUCCCCCCCUCCGCAGAGCACCAGCAGCAGACGCAGCGCUACUUCGCCCGCCUCUCGCACUCGCCCGUCUACCGGCCCAAGACGUUCGGCUGGUCCAACUACAAGCUCACCCGCCUCGUCGACCUCCCCUGCCCGGUCGGCUUCCGCAGCCGCCGCGCCCUCGUCCUCGCCGCCAUCUUCGAUUUCGACACCACGGGUAGCGGCGACGCGCCCGCUCAUCGCCCCCGCUCUCGUACCGCCUCCUCGCCUCACGCCCGCCGCUUCCUCGCCCAGCGCUACCGCCGCGGCGUCUACCACCGCUACCCCUUCGCCCAAGACUACCUCCCCUCCCCGCCGCACGCCUGGAUGGACCGCGUCGACGAGCUGCGCGAGGGGCGCGCCCUCGCCGCUGCUGCCGACGAUGAUGCCGUGGCCUUGCCGCCGCUGGUCAUGGAGACCCAGCGCAAGGAACAACAGCGUCGUGUAGAAGACGACGAUGAAGACGAAGGCGAGCACGGCGACUAUGACGACAAGGAGGAGGAGGAGGGGGAUGACGUCGAUGAAGAAGUGCGGGAGCUCUACCGCAUGGGCCUCCUGUACGACGACGAGCACGAGCGCGGCUCGGGCUUCACCCUCGACGCCAUCGCCCACGACACCGCCGCCACGCCCCCGUACACCCUGACGGUCCGCAGUCGCGACCACCGCCGCCACGGCGGCAACAACAACAACAACAACAGCAAGCGGCCGCACCAGCACGCGCACGACGGCACCACCAGCACCACCACCAACUCCACCGACGACGACGAGGCGCUCGCCGCGUUCCUCGCCGAGGCAGACUAUAUCGACGUCUGUGCCGCCCGGCACCUCCUCCUCGACGUCGAGCCGGACGGCGCCGUCGUUGCCGCGGCGGCCGGUCCGUCUCGCAAGGAGGGGACGGGGGCCGUGGUGGUGGAGGCGAUGCGUGCCCAGCAGCGCCUGUGGGAGGCUUUUCGGGGUGACCGGCCGUCGGACCUCGACGGGGUAGAAUGGGAGGUGGUGUAGGUGGGUGUGGGUAGAAGAUGUAUGAAAUACCGCGACUAGGCCUCUGUAUGCCAAUUAGCCAGAACGCACAUCCUUGACAGGUGUGUUGGUUGUGUUGCCACGGUGUGAAAGCAACCACAUGCCAAGAGUCCCCGUUGAUGGAAAAAAAAUAACAGAACAUCCUUUGUGUGUG